GGAAACAAUUUGUUUUGACCACAUAUAAGGCUGGAGAAAUGGCUGCAAAGCAGAACAUUCAAGAACAUGUUCAACAACUUGAGGAAAAAAUCGACAGCUUAACUGAAGAACUGUCCCAGUGUCAGGCUGACAAAGAAUUUGUAUGGUCAUUAUGGAAGCGUCUUCAAGUGGGCAAUCCAGACUUAACACAAGCUAUUUCCCUGGUGGUUGAGAGAGAAAAAAGUAAGGCAGAGGCCAAAGACAGAAAAGUGCUGGAAAUUCUACAGAUGAAAGACAGCCAAAUACAAGAGCUUGAACAGAGAGUAUUGGGACAGCAGCAGGAGAUAAACAACCUCGUACAGAGAAAGAUCGCUGUAGACGAAGAAAAUACCGUACUGAAAAAGGAGUUGGAUGACCUCCAACUAAAAUUAAAAGAUAAAAGUCAGGAGCUUAAGAACACUAAGCAGAGUUUGGAGAAAAAUGAGGAGCAGAGGGCAGCCAUUUUAAAAAAUUUGGAGCAGGAGAAAGAAGAUUUAAACAAGAAAUGUGCUGACCUGCUUAGUGACCUGGAGAAAGCAAAGAAGCAGGAGGCACAGUGGAGAGGAGACAAGUCUGGCAUUGAUGCCAAAAUUAAGGCUCUAGAAUUGAAUUUAAAAGAAGCUGCUAACCAGAUGGAGGCUAUGCACAAUAAAAUAAACAGCCUGUCAUCGCAGGUUGCUGUUAAACAGACUGAGCUGGCACACAAAGACGUUGAUCUGACUAGGCUGCGAAAAGAGUUACAAGGACUUCAGAAUCUUUACAAACAAAGCAAUGAGCACGCUGCCCAACAAGCUGAGCUUAUACAGCAACUUCAGGCACUCAAUGUGGACACACAGAAAGUACUGAGAAGCCAAGAAGAUGCCCACACUACUGAAACUAUCUCAUUCCAGAAACUUUAUAAUGAUCUGAAUGCAUGUUAUGAAAUGACUAAGUCCAGUGAGACUCAAUUGCGGCAAAGUAAUAUUGCUCUCACUGAGCAGUUACAUCAAAAGGAGCAACAUAUUAGUCAGCUGCAAGUGAAACUGCAAGAAACCCUCAAUGCAUUACUCAAGUCACCUCAAGAACCUCAGGAGCUGGAACAUCCAUCCCUGGUAGAGCUGGAACUCAUAAUAGCUUCACAGAAAUCAGAAAUAAAAUUUCUACAGGACAAACUUAAAGCAACUGAUCUCCAGUUAACUCAAGUAAAUAAUUGUGGAAGAACUGCGCUAGAGAACAGCAUCCUGAGGGCUGGAAGAAUACGUGAGGUGCAACCUGUGAAACGUUCAAGGUCUCUGUCCCCAAAGGGCUUUUCCGGAGAGUCCGAAGAGUUAAAGAAGCUUAGGAUAGCAGAAAAGAAGAUUGAGCAUUUAGAGAAGACACUGCAGAUUAAGAUACAGCAAAAUACUGAGCUUCGCAAAGCACAUGAAAAUCGAAAAGAAAGGUUGCUGGCAAUACAGGCCAGUUAUAAAGUACUCCAACAGCAAAAAGAGAAUAUGGAAGAUGGAGGUGGCCGGGAGAAAGUUCAUAGGAAGAAGCCUGUUCGUGCACAUCCCUCUGAGCUUAGACACGAAGAUUCAGAUGCUGUAUGGAAUGAGCUUGCAUACUUUAAAAGGGAAAACAAGACGCUGUUGGUGGAGAAAAUGAACUUGGAAGAAGAAAUAGAUCAGUUAAAAGUGCAGGCAUCGAUAGACAGAGCUACCAUAGAAGAACUAAAUACUUGUCUUCAACAAGAGAAAGAAGUGUUGCUCUUAAGACUUGGCCAAGAAGAAAAUGUCAGAAGCAGCACUCCAAAGAAAAAUAUAGCGGAUACUGUACCAUACACAUUGCAGAAGAUAAGCUAUCUGGAAAAGAGGCUGGUUGAGCUAGAAGCAGACUCAAACAGAGUAAAGGAAACUAAAGAUGAGUUAAAAAAGCAAAAUAACUCUCUGAAGACAUCCAUCAAGCUUCUUCACAAAGAUGUAGAUUUAAGAGAGGAAAAAAUUGAAAAAAUGCAUAAGGAAAUUUUAGAGGUAAACCAGGCCAAAGAGUCCCUAGAAAAGAAGAAGGAAGAACUAAACAGAGAAGUUGCCUCCCUAAAAAGACUCUUGGUAAACAGUGACAAAUUGAAGAAUGAAAAUCGUGACUUGCUGAGACAGGUUCAUGCCCUGCAAUAUACACUGCACAAGACCACAGCACCAGUCCCGCUUUCCUCAAUGAAAUUACACAAGCAAGGCCACAGGAAGGAAGCCGUAAGCAAGGUUAAACAAAAUUCAGCUAGGAAGAUCUCCCUGAGACGUCACCAAGCUUUUCUUAAUCAAUCCAUCAAGGUUAUGAGCAACGUGUUUGAGAACUUCAGCAAAGACGGCUGGGAGGAUGUGUGUGAAGACAGCGAUAUUGAAAGUGAAUCGUCUGAGAGCCUGGGACAUGUAAUCGUGCACAUUAGUGGUACAACGGCAGAUGAAACCAGCACUGUGGAAGACAGUAACAGUGGUGAAGUUCUUCAAGAUAAUUGCAAGAGCACAGUCAGGGUACCAAAAGACCAUAAAAAGAAAAGAUGUCCUUGCACUGCUUCAAAAUCCUUACUGGAAAGAAUUGCAUCCUUACAACAUCAAGUAUCUGUAUUACAGAGAGUGAAACAGGCUGCUAUGGCCUCUGUGAGCAAGCUGAAUGAAGAAAAAAUAAAACUAGCAGCUGAACUGCAGCUGGUGCACCAAAGACUUCAAAUCAGCAAGCAGAUGGCAAAGAAACUGUCUUCAGACCUUACUAAAUGUCAGCAGGAAAAAGAAAAUUUGGAGAGAAACCUGGAGCAGAUGACUGAACAGCUGGCCCAAGCCAAGAGGUCACUAGAAAUGGUGAGCCCUGUGACCUUGGAUCAACCUACAUUGACUCAAUUAACACCAUCUAAAAGCACAGAUGUGGAAGUGAAGCAGCUCCAAAGUAAACUAAAGAUUAUGACUGUUGAAAUGGCAAAACAGUCCACAACAAUUAAAGCCAUGAAAAAUGAAGUUCUGGAAAAGGAAGAACGGAUACGGGAACUACAGGAAAGGGUGGCUCGGAUGGAAAGGGAUGUCAACAUGAAAAGGCAUUUCAUAGAGGAUCUGAAAACCCGUCUGAAAAUCUACCAGGAAAACGAAAGACCCAGCAAAGAAAUGUUAGAAAAUCUUGAAAGGAAGGUUAAAGCAAUGACAGAAGAAUGUUCUCACAAGAAGACGUCAAUGGAUUCAUUAAAACAGAGAUUAAAUGUAGUCACCAAGGAGAAGUCACAUUAUGAGCAAAUGUACUACAAAAUAAAGGAUGAACUAGAGAAGAAGAAUGUAAAAGUCAGCGACUUGGAAGGAAAACUGGUUGAAGCUGAACGUGCCAUGUCAGAACUGGAAAUUACCGCUAAACAACAACUUCACAACUUAGCAAUGCAGAGUGAACAAGCCUUGGAGGUGGUACAGAAUAAGUUGUUACAUGGCAAUAGGAGGAUGGAUGAAUUUGUAACAUUUAUUAAGAGUUUGGUGAUGGAGUUCCAUAAAGAGGUGUGUGAAAUGAGAGCCCAAAUUAGACAGGCCAAGCUAUUGCAGGAAUCCGGCAAUGGUCCAUCCAUACAUUCUGUACACAAAGCACAGUCCCUGGCAGCUUCAAUCCUGAACAUCUCACACUCUGACCUCAGUGAUAUUCUAGAGGUUCCUGAUGAAGAGGAAAUGGCAAAUGCGAAGCGGUCAGUAGAAUAUGAUAAAGAAUGGAUGAACCACAUAAUGAAGCUGCUUGAAGGACAGCCCGAAGGGCAUCACCAGAUACUCGUAGUGGCCGAAUCUGGAACGGAAAGCCGUCUUCCACUCGUCGCCCUCACGGAUCCUGACGAGGUUGUAGGCCCCCCGGAGGUCGAUCUUCGUGAACACCCUGGUGUCCUUCACUUGGUCCAGGAGAUCAGGGAUAAGAGAGAGAGGGUAUUUAUUCUUUCUGGUGAUGUCGUUAAGGGCCCGGUAGUCCACACAGGGCCGAAGACCCCCGUCUUUCUUCCCCACAAAAAAUAUACCUGCACCGACUGGGGAGGUGGACAGGCGGAUGAAGCCCUUCGCCAGACUCUCCUCUAUGUAUUCCCUCAGCGCCCGGGUCUCGGGCUCAGAUAA